ACCACUAAAACCACCACCACCACCACCUCCACCACCACCACCAAAAGGCCUUAACCCUCCACCAUCGGUGAGCUUGAGUGAUCCCUUGAACUUUCACAAAAAUUUUAGUUUUUUUUCUUCUCUAAUCUCUUCUUCUUUUUCUUUUUGUUUGAAUCUUUUUCUGCAAACUGUCUCUUGUGAAAAUCGAGUUUUAGGCUUUCCUUUUUUGGAUAAAAAAAGCAAGCUUGAAGAGGUUGUUCUUAGAGAGCUACAGGUUUCAGAACAGAGAUCCAGAUCUUUUGUUUUUUUUGGAUAUUUUCUGGGUUUUUGCUUCUUGGUCUCUUAGCUACCUGGAUUUGUUUUUCUCUAUCCAGAAGCUACUUUUGUUCUUGUUCUUCUAAUUUUUAAGGUUUUUUUUUAGUUUUUAGUUUCAAAAGAAGCUGCCUGUUCUUUGGUUUUGAUAAGAACUUGGUGGUAGAUCUUUAUCCUUUCUUCUUCUUCUUCUUCUUUAAAAAUCCCAUCUUUUUUCGUGGGUUUUAUCUUCUACUUCUUCCUCUUUGCAUCCAUGGCUACAGCUAUAGAUAUGUUAAAUAGCUGGCCAAGCUUCUCUACUGAUCCUUUGGAGGAGGAGCUUAUGCAAGCACUUGAGCCUUUUAUCAAGAGUGCUUCCCCUUCUUCUCCUCUAGAUCUAUCUUCUUCUUCUUCUUCUACCUCUUCUCCUUCCCCUCUUUCUUCUUCUUAUCCCCUCUCUUCAUCAUCAUCAUCUUCUUCUUCUUCUUACCCUUAUCAAAAUCCCAACUUUUUCACUACCUUCUCCACUCUAUCUCAUCCCCAAUCAUCCCAUCAUGAAUUCAUCACCCCUCUUAAUCCAUUCCAAAUCCAACAAAUCCAAGCUCAAAUCCAAUACCAGCAGCAGCAGCACCAGUAUCAGCUGAACCAUGGUUUCAACUCCAUGAACUUCCUCCGCCCAAGAGCUCAGCCAAUGAAGCACUCGAGCUCCCCGGCGAUUCCAGCCAAACCAACCAAACUCUACCGCGGCGUACGCCAGCGCCACUGGGGUAAAUGGGUUGCUGAGAUCCGUCUCCCCAAGAACCGCACCCGGCUCUGGCUCGGCACCUUCGACACCGCCGAAGAAGCCGCCAUGGCUUACGACCAAGCCGCUUUCAAGCUCCGCGGCGACUUCGCUCGGCUCAACUUCCCUCAUCUCCGCCACUCCUCUGCCACCUCUCCUCUCCCCACUUCCGUCAACGCCAAGCUCCAAGCCAUCUGCCAAUCCAUGGCGGCAACCACUUCAUCACCUCCCAAGCCCUCUUCUCCUCCACCUCCUGAUAACAAAUCAGAAACCUCAUCGGAGGCUGACGCCGACUUCUGCUCCUCUUCCUCCGGCUCUUCCCCUGCUUCCGAGAUGCAGAGCUUAGACUUCACCGAAGUACCUUGGGAUGAAUCUGAGAGCUUUCAUCUCAGAAAAUACCCAUCUUGGGAGAUUGAUUGGGAUGCCAUUCUCUCUUAAAAACAUUCUCUUUGAUCUUCAAUAGUUUUGCAAAUGGAUUUUUAGACAUUUGCACUCUGUCAUGAAGAUCAUAGAAAACAAAAAGAAAAAAAAAAAAAAAAGUUGUAGUUUUUAGUGUCCUUGUUCUUGGUUCCUUCAGUCUGUUUGUGUUUGUAUUUUACUGUAAAAUUGUAUUGUAAUAAUGUCUUGUAUGUAGUGGAGAUCUAUCUCCUCCUGGUUUGCUGGUUUUUUCUUGGCAAUAACCAGGAUGAAUUCCUCCUUCAUUAUUAUUAUUAUUACUAUUAUUAUCAAUCAAUGUUUGUAUUUCAGAUUUGUAAA